UUGAAAAGAUUUAGUUAUGAGUUGGCAUAUAAAAUUCAUUGCCGUUGUGAUGGUAAUGCUGCUUAACGUAGUACUUACGAGGACAACAUAUAGCAGGCGAUCAAGUACUUCGUAUAGGUCAGGAAGUAGCUCGACUGGCUCUUGUACAGGAGGGACUUCUACCUGUGUCAUUAUUCCGAUAGUCUGAGUUUUAGGAUUUUUUGGAUGAAUUUGUGGCUUAAUAGUAACUGCUCAUGUUGUUAAAGCCAUUAAGAAAAAAAAAGAGCAAGAUUUGAGAGAUAAAGUUAGGCUUGAGAAGAAAAGAAAAGAGGAGCUUGAGAGAAGGCAGAAGGAAGAAGCUUCCAGGUUAGAAAAGUUACAAAAGCAACAAGAGGAGCAAAUGAAGAAUCAGCUUUUCAUAAACCAGACAGACUACUCUAUAACUCCUCAGCCACAGGCCCAAUUCGUGAUGCCUGGAACAGCAGUGCAGCCGACUUACCAAAUUACGAAUCCUUAUGCGGGAAAUCAUAACUAUCAACCAGUCCCUGUUGUGUAUGACCCUGCUGUUUAUGGAGUCCAGUAUGAUGAGAACUGGCAGGUGCCUGAUCAAAAUCUUAUGUAUACUGGUAGUCAUCCGAUGGCGAGUAUGAGUAAUUUUCCUCAAGAUGGACAGAAAAAUGUUGAUCAGACUAAGGUGGUACCUUAUGAAACAAAUGAGACUGCUAGAGGGUUGGCAUAAUAUGUUUUGAAUAUAAGAUUUUAAGAUUCCAUA